UCUUACAGUGCACGUGGUGUAAGCAAAUUGAAGACGAAACAUGCAGUUAACAUCAAUGUAUCGAAUGGUUACAACAGGCAUUUGGUGAUGAAGCUCUAUCCCGGGCAAGUGUGUUUCGCUGGUAUGCCGAAUUUAAAAGAGGGCAUGUUUCAUUGGCUGAUGAACCGUAGUGAUAGGCCAUGUUCUAGUGUGACUUGCUGAAGUUUAGCGGCUAAUUGAAGAAGAUUCUGGCUGCACAUAUGCGACUAUAGAG